AUGCCUUUUCAGGAAAAGUAUGUGAAUAUCAGUCAUAUUGAGUCAAGAAAAUCAAAGAAAGGCAGCUCUGAGGCAGAGAUCUAUGUUGAAUUUGAAUGCACCAAGAAGAAAUACCAGGAACUCGUUCAUCUGCUAAAACUUCAGCCAAACAUCAUCUGUGUGAAUCCAGCAGAGAGGAAAUGGAGAGAAGACGAAGAACUUGAUGGUGUCCCAUGGUUCCCAAGAAAAAUCUCAGAACUUGACAAGUGUUCCCACAGGGUUUUAAUGUAUGGCUCUGAAUUGGACGCUGACCAUCCGGGAUUUAAGGACAAUGUUUACCGGCAAAGAAGAAAAUAUUUUGUGGAUGUUGCUAUGAAUUAUAAAUAUGGACAACCAAUUCCAAGAGUGGAGUACACAGAGGAAGAGAUAAAAACAUGGGGUACAGUGUUUAGAGAACUUACACAGUUGUAUCCAACUCAUGCUUGCAGAGAGUAUUUGAAGAACCUACCUCUAUUAACCAAAUACUGUGGAUACAGAGAAGAUAAUGUACCACAACUGGAAGAUGUGGCAGCAUUUCUGAAAGAAAGAUCUGGAUUCACUGUGAGACCAGUGGCUGGCUAUCUCUCCCCAAGAGACUUCUUAGCUGGACUAGCUUAUAGAGUGUUUCACUGCACCCAGUACAUCAGACAUGGAUCAGAUCCUCUAUACACACCUGAACCAGACACGUGUCAUGAACUUCUGGGGCAUGUUCCUUUACUUGCUGAUCCCAAAUUUGCCCAGUUUUCCCAAGAGAUUGGACUUGCUUCACUGGGAGCAUCUGAUGAAGAUGUUCAAAAACUUGCAACCGUGAGUGUGUAUAGUUAA